AUGAGUCGAUAUAGGAACACUUAAGAGUUAAACUUAGCAGUUAAAUUAAAUGAGUCCAGAAAGGAGUAGGCAAGAAGAGUGGUAAAGCUUUCAAGAGGGUUUAUAGUCACUUCAAGUGGUAGUCCUAACUCUAGUUAGACGCUGCAAGAUUAUGAUUACCUUCCUCAUCUAAAACUUAAAAAUGAGAGCAAAGUUCUGAAUCAAGAGUGUAGCAGAAUCUCUACUCCCAAACUUUUGGAGAGUUUACCUGAAAUAUCUAACAUCAGUGGGUUUUCAAUUGAUAUUGAUUAAUAAAGCUCAGAGAAUUCUCAAAGUAAUGAACCGAGAAUUAUUCCUCAAGAGCCCAAUAAAAUCACCAAUUUUAAAAUUCAAAAACAAAUUAUUACCUCCAACAUUGGAAUCAGUUACUCUGAAUGCAAUAGGAGACUAUGA